AUGGGUAGUCUUCCAGCUGAACGUCUGAACUCCUACUCUCCACCUUUUACACAUGUAGCAGUGGACUAUUUUGGACCUAUCGAGACCAGUGCCGGUCGUAAUCGAGUUGUGAAGCGUUACGGAGCUCUAUUCACCUGCCUGGUGACCAGAGCAGUUCAUUUGGAGUUGGCUGAAUCUCUUUCGGCCGAAGAUUUUCUGUUAGUCUUUCGGAGAUUCAUCGGACUUUUCGGCAAACCAGCAUCAGUCCAUUCGGAUAAUAGAACCAACUUCGUAGGAGCAGAGCGGGAGUUGAACGAGUCGAUCCUGUUGCUGAACGAUGACCCGAGGCUGGUGAAAUUCCGAACCGAAAAACUCAUCGAUUGGCAUUUCCAGCCACCACGAGCGCCGCAUUUUGGUGGAGCUCAUGAAAGUUUGGUGCGCUCUACCAAGAGAGCUCUGUAUCGGGCUUUGGAUUUAGAAAAGGCUGGACUUCGCUACCCAACCGAUGAGAUGAUGCGGACUUUGUUAGCAGAGAUCGCAGGCUUCCUGAACGCGCGUCCGUUAACUUACGCGAGUUCUGAUCCGGAAGACUUCCGGCCAUUGACACCAAACGACUUCCUCAAUCGGCCGCCAACAUCUGAUCUGCUACCAGGCUCGUUCGAUGAUGCUCUACCGAGAGAGCGAUUUCGCUAUGUCCAGCGAAUGGCCCAGCUAUUUUGGGAUCUUAGGACGAAAUUGUACCUGCCAUCCCUGGUUCCGCGAAAGAAAUGGUAA